AUGGGGAGAAAGGCGUUAAUAGCGGUCGCGUGGCUGAUAAGUGCGUGGACUGUGACCGGUUUGAAAGUUAAAGACAAUGAGAGUGCCGCAGGGCGUUUGUACCGGAACGCAAAUGGGAUAUACGCGAGUGCUUAUGCUAACGCGGCGCCCUACGGGGCCUUCUCCUUCCACGUGCCAACUGUCGUCCCUGCGGCUUCAGCCACGAAGCUCAUCCCCGUGAAACAAGAGAGCAUCGUUAUACAGAAUUCAAAUGGAUUUUUGAAGGAUUCGUACGGGAACAAGUUUGUGGAGACGCCGACGUCGGUGGCUUAUAAAACGACGUUCCCGCAGCAGUUUGUGCAGCUGCAGCACCUGCCGGCGCACCUGUCGCAGCCCCUGUCUGCUGCCCCGACCUACCACUUUCCGCAGGGCGCGCCGCAAGCGUUCUUCGGUCAUCAGUUCCGACUGCCCUCCCUCGACGCUGUGACCUCGCCCUUGACCCGCUACGGAGCCUUCGCGCAGCCCCUCGUAUACGCCGGCAACGUUAAGACGCUCACCCCGGCUUCCGACCAGCAGUUCCACUUCGGUGUACCCAAAAACGCUCAGCAAGACUCCAGCAACAAGAAAGUGGUGUACGCUACACAGGGCUACAACCAGCUUCAGGAGCCUAAGUUCCAGCGAUUGGAAGAGAAACCUUACCACAACGAAUAUUAUGAAUCGUCUCAACAUAAACCUUCCCCUAACGACAAGGCGACUACUCACAAUGGAAAAUACAACCAGCUCCAGGAGUCCAAGUUCCAGCGAUUAGAAGAAAAACCCAAUCUAAACGAAUAUUAUGAAGCGCCCCGACAGCAAGCGGCACCCAGCAUCAAGGCGAAAGUGCGGACUCCUAUCACACAUACUGUGAGGACCACUCAUAACGGGAAGGAUACCGUUGUCCAGAUAGAAACCAAGCCACCCCUCCCUCUUGUAGACCUCAGUCUGCUCGAGCCCCUAACGUUCGCCAACCCUAUCGUACCUCAGGUGCAGCACUACUUGCCCAAAAUAAACCCAAUUACGUACCACGCCCUACACCCACAAGAUGCCGAGGACAAGAACGAAAAGGAAUUUGUCGUUACAAAAACCAAGUCUUACGACAGCGGCGUCGUCAAAGGUCACGGUCAAGCCGAUGAACCAAAGAAAAAGCAAAAGAAACCCCCGAAGAAGGACGCCGACGUAUACAUAAAUUUCGAAAGUAAAUCGGAACAGCCGAGUAUAAAAGUGAAAGGGAAACCUAACGACCCCGGAUACUCUUACGAAAUAAACUCUCCGGGACAUAAAGAAACUUUCAACCAACAAGUUAUCAGCUACAACAAGGAAACGACGAGUGACCCUGUAACGUACUCUUAUGACAAGCAAACUCAGAAAGAGCCAGUGACUUAUUCUUAUACUCACAGCUCGAACGAUCCUGGACAUGCGAAAGUUCAAUAUGUCAAGAAAGACCCCGCACCUAGUACACAUUUAGUUUACAACUUUGAGCCAGAACAAGCUAAUGAACAUCAUGAAUCUCCUAAACCUGCAUCCGAGGAAUCAGAUGAUUCCAACGAGUCUUCAGAAUCCGAUGAUGACGGUCCUGCCGACGACCAUGCUCAGUACAACUCUCAGCCCCAUCAUGACACGCCUUCUCACUCUGAGCAUUCCUCUCAGUCACAUCAACAUCAUCCUUCUAAUAGUGAUCAUCCACAUCAAUCAAUACAUUCCCAUCACUCUUCUCAUAGCGAUCAUGCCGGUCCCUCGACUCAUUCUCAUCAGCCUUCUCAUAGCGACCACCCCCAUCCAUCAACACAUUCCCAUCACUCUUCCCAUAGCGAUCAUCCCGGUCCUUCUACUCAUUCACAUCAGUCUUCUCAUAGCAACCAUCAUCAUCCCUCAACUCAUUCCCAUCAUCAGUCAUCACAUCCACCAUCAACUCACUCAUACUCAUCUAGUACAUCUCAUCCUUCCCCUGCUUCAUAUCAAACUCAAUCUCAGCAUUUAAAUCCUGAGCAUAGGGCACAGCUAAAAGCAAGCCCUACCCCGUCAUAUUGGGUGGUUAGCCACAAACCCCAACACUAUACUGCUGUCGCCUCAACACCGAAGCUUCCAACUCUCCACGAGUAUGUGGAAAACCUCAGAUUCCUCCCAUCUUACCCCAGCCCCCCCAGUGCAGCGAUAAAAGUGAACCCGAGCCGACCGCCACAACAGCAGGCGCAAUAUUACAUCCAACAAACGACACCCAACGCCCGCUCUGAAGGCUCUGUCGUUUCCGAGCCUGUCAUCUACGAGAAAUCGAAGAAAAUCAUAAUUCAGGAAGAAUCUCCCGACGAGGUACAUUCGCAUCAAGAGAAGCUCAUGGCUCAGAUGGAAACUGUAGGUCAAAACGGAGACACCGAGGAAGACUUCGAAAAGUCUUACAAAGCGGCCGCUUACGGCUUCCCCGCCUACGACCGAGAUGAUUCGGGGGAAAGUGACGAGGAGAUCUACAAACACGGCUACGGGGAGCCUCAGCAGGAUCAUAGCGGCGAAGACUCCGAUCAACACUCGCCCUUUGAACAAUACACGGAAGAGGGCGACCAGUUCCCCAAAUCCUCUCGCCUGACAUACAAGGACGACCGGGAUAAAGUCCAAGAAGACUAUUUUUUAGGUUACUCGCUUAACAAGCCCGAAAUCAUGACUGACCGGUAUCAGAGCAAAAUCGAUUACUAUAAAAUGUUCUUGAAAAACAAACCAGAGAAACUGCGUGUAGCCGACGCGAAGAAAAAGGCGUCAAAAUUAUCUAAAUACACGGUCGAACCCUCGUUUUAUGAUUCAGCGCCUAAACAAAAGCAAAAGCAAUCCGUGUCAUACAAGUCGGCGGCUUACAAGUCCGCGCCGGUCUUCGAGUACAAUUACGAUAAGGAGGCUCCUCGCGACAGCUCCGCUUUCGCGUCGCGUCCUAACCGUUACAAGAGUACGACGCAUUUCGUGGAGCCCCAGUUCCAGUACGGGUUCGAACCCAUCGCCAUCCCCCGGAUAGACAUCGAGCAGGAGACGAUGGCGAGUAACCUGAGCCCCGACAGCGACAAGCCCGGCACCAGAAAAAAGGUGUACAAAGAAAACUGGUACAUUAAGAAAACGAGCACGUCCCGCAAACCUAGCUGAUAAAUAACUAUUUAUUCUUAUUGUUAAGUUUAUUUUUGUUAGUCUUUGUUAAUAAAAUAUUGAAUUAAA